AUGCCUAUUACACAACUUAGAUCCGCUGGCCGGCUGGCCCAGCUUGCUGGACAUGUGAAUGGCGCACGACAGUUCUCUACACGCCCAGCUCUGCGCAAGGAACUUCAAGAUGCCUAUAUUCUAAGCGCUGCCCGAACUCCCACUGCAAAGUUCAAUGGCUCGUUCCUGUCAGUGUCGGCUCCCAAGCUUGGCGCUGUUGCUAUCAAGUCCGCCCUAGAAAAGUCAAAGGUCCCCGUCGAGAAGAUCACCGAUGUGUAUAUGGGCAACGUCCUCCAGGGCUCUGUCGGCCAAGCGCCUGCGCGACAGGCUGCCAUCUUUGCUGGUCUACCCAAGGAGGUUGAGGCGACAACUAUUAACAAGGUCUGCGCAUCUGGACUUAAGGCCGUUACUUUGGCUGCUCAGAACAUCCAGAUGGGUCUCUCUGAGGCUCAGAUCGCUGGUGGAAUGGAGAACAUGUCCCAAGUCCCAUACUAUGUGUCGCGUGCCAGCGGUCUUCCUGCCUUUGGCCACGUCAAGAUGGAGGAUGGUCUUAUCAAGGAUGGUUUAACCGAUGUGUACGACCAAUUCCACAUGGGCAACUGCGCCGAGAACACAGUCAAAAACCACAACAUUACUCGAGAGCAACAAGACGAAUACGCUAUUCAGUCAUACCGCAACGCCCAAAAGGCUUGGGAGGAGAAGGCGUUUGCCGACGAGAUUGCACCUGUCACUGUCAAGUCGCGCAAGGGAGAGACUGUUAUCGACACCGAUGAGGGUUUCAAGGAUGUCAAGUUCGACAAGGUGCCCACGCUUAAGCCCGCUUUCGUUCGCGAUGGAAGCGGCACUGUCACUGCCGCCAACUCUUCGACCCUUAACGACGGUGCCAGCGCCCUCGUCCUAGGAAGCAAGGCUAUUGCCCAGCAGUACGGUUCAGGCUCCCGAGUCUUGGCCAAGAUCUGCGGUUACGCUGAUGCCGCUACUGCGCCUAUUGACUUCCCUGUCGCUCCCGCCAAGGCUGUUCCCAUCGCUCUCGAGCGUGCUGGUAUUACCAAGGAUCAAGUUGCCAUUUGGGAGUUCAACGAGGCGUUUGCCAGCGUUAUCUUGGCCAACUCUAAGAUUCUUGGUCUUGAGAGCGCCAAGGUCAACCCCCUGGGAGGCGCCAUCUCGCUAGGUCAUGCUCUUGGUAGCUCCGGCUCACGAAUCCUUACUACUCUUCUCCACCAGCUUAAGCCUGGUGAGUAUGGUGUUGCUGCUAUUUGCAACGGUGGUGGCGCUGCGACUGCCCUUGUUGUGCAGCGUGUCGAGUCCGUAUAA